GAAAGCAGUGUAACCAGGCCUAAGUGUGGAGUUUCUGUUAGGACACUGAGCUCAGCUGACACAGAGUCAGCCCAGAGAGGCCUCUGUGACCCAGCCCUAGCUGCUCACCAUGAGGAAUACUCCUGGCCCCCGACUCUGCCACCUUGUACCCUUGUUCCUGAGGCUCUUGACUGGAGGUGUGGGCACAACUCCCUUGCCUGAGGACCAGCCUCAACGCUCCUGCUCUCUGGAAGGGGUGGAGAUCAAAGGUGGCUCCUUCCAGCUUCUGCGGGGGGGCGAGGCCCUGGAGUACAUUUGUCCGUCCGGCUUCUACCCGUACCCAGUACAGACGCGCACUUGCAGAUCCACGGGGUCCUGGAGCCCCCUUAGAACCCAAGACCAAAGGAUGAUUGCUAAGGCCGAGUGCAGAGCAAUUCGCUGCCCUAGACCUCAGGACUUUGAGAAUGGCGAGUACCAGCCCCGGUCCCCCUACUACAAUGUGAAUGACGAGAUCUCUUUCCAUUGCUACGACGGUUACACUCUCCGUGGCUCUGCCAAUCGUACCUGCCAGUCCAAUGGCCGGUGGGAUGGGCAGACGGCCAUCUGCGAUGAUGGAGCGGGGUACUGUCCAAACCCAGGCAUCCCAAUUGGCAUGAGGAAGGUGGGCAGCCAGUAUCGCCUAGAAGACACUGUCACCUACCACUGCAGCCAGAGCUUCACCCUGCGUGGCUCCCAACAACGAACAUGCCAGGAAGGAGGCUCUUGGAGUGGGACAGAGCCUUCCUGCCAAGGCUCCUUCAUGUACGACACUCCUCAGGAGGUGGCAGAAGCCUUCCUUUCUUCCCUGACACAAACUCUGGAAGGAGUUGAUGCUGAGGAUGGGCACAGCCCAGGAGAACUGCAAAAGCGCAAGAUUGUCCUGGACCCUGCUGGCUCCCUGAAUAUCUACCUGGUGCUGGACGGCUCGGAGAGCAUCGGGAAGAGCAACUUCACGGGGGCCAAGAGAUGUCUCGCCAACUUGAUUGAGAAGGUGGCAAGUUAUGGGGUGAAGCCAAGAUACGGCUUAGUGACAUAUGCUACAAAUGCCAAUGUUUUGGUUAGAGUGUCAAACGCAAAGAGUAGCGAUGCGGACUGGGUCAUACAGCAGCUUGAUAAAAUCAGCUAUGAUGACCACAAGCUGAAGGCAGGAACUAACACCAAGAGGGCCCUCAUGGAGGUGUACAACAUGAUGAGCUGGCCAGGAGAAACACCCCCUGAAGGCUGGAACCGCACUCGCCACGUCAUCAUUCUCAUGACUGACGGCUUGCACAACAUGGGUGGGGACCCAGUCCCCGUCAUCGACCAGAUCCGUGAUUUGCUGAACAUUGGCAGGAACCGCAAAAACCCAAGAGAGGACUACUUGGAUGUCUACGUGUUCGGGGUGGGGCCUCUGGUGGAAGCAGCGAACAUCAAUGCUUUGGCUUCCAAGAAGGACAAUGAGCAACACGUGUUCAGAGUAAAGGACAUGGAAAACUUGGAGGAUGUUUUCUAUCAAAUGAUUGAUGAAACCAAGUCCCUGGGGCUCUGUGGCAUGGUCUGGGAGCACAGGGAGGGCACUGACUACCACAAGCAGCCUUGGCAUGCCAAGAUCUCCAUCACUCGCCCUCAGAAGGGACAUGAGACCUGCAUGGGGGCUGUGGUAUCAGAGUACUUUGUGCUGACGGCUGCACACUGUUUCACGGUGGACGACCAGGCACAUUCUAUCAAAAUCAGUAUUGGAGGGAAGAGGCGGGACCUGGAGGUAGAAGAAGUUCUAGUUCACCCCAAGUACAACAUCAAUGGGAAAAAUGCAGAAGGAAUCCCCGAGUUUUAUGACUACGAUGUGGCCCUGGUGAAGCUCAAGACCAAGCUGAUGUACAGCCAGACUCUGAGGCCCAUUUGCCUCCCUUGCACAGAGGGAGCCACUCGAGCCUUGCGGCUUCCUCAGUCAGCCACUUGUCAACAACACAGGCAAGAGCUGCUCCCAGCCAAAGAUGUCAAAGCUUUCUUUGUGUCUGAGGAAGAGAGGAAGCUGACUCGGAGGGAAGUUUACAUCAAGAAUGGAGACAAGAAAGCCAGCUGUGAGAGAGAUGCUCAGUAUGCUCCCGGCUACAGCAAAGUCAAGGACAUCUCGGAGGUGGUCACCCCCAGGUUCCUCUGCACUGGAGGGUCGGAUCCCUAUGCUGACCCCAACACCUGCAGAGGUGACUCUGGCGGGCCCCUGAUUAUUCACAAGAGGAGUCGCUUCAUUCAGGUUGGUGUCAUCAGCUGGGGAGUUGUGGACGUCUGCAAAGGCCAGAAACGGUACAAGCAGGUGCCUGCUCAUGCUCGGGACUUUCACAUCAACCUCUUCCAAGUGCUGCCAUGGCUCAAGGACAAACUCAAAGACGAGGAUCUGGGUUUUCUAUAAGGGAUUUCCUGCAGU